CCGGGGCUCUUUUGGGGGUGCUGAGCAGGCGCUGGGGAUCCGGCUAGAGACUGUCACCUCGCUCGCGGGCGAGGCUGAUGCCGGGGAAGUAGCAUUUAACAUUUACCGGACCCAGGGUACCCCACCUUCCUGGUUCUUUCUCUUCCGGUCUCGCGUCUGACAGGCAGCCUGAGGACAGGCGGGACCCACAGGCGGGAUAUUCUCGGGUGUGAGGUCUCGAUGUUCUGAAGGUGUCAGAAGCGUGGAGCCAGCUUCGGUAGAUUAAAACUUAGAAUGAAAAAAUGAGAGAAGUAUGCAAAGAGGGGCUGGUCCAUUACUUAGCGCCCGUGUAUACACCCAUCAAGUGAGACCUGGCCUGAAAAAGUCUGAGGUCAACCCAGAGAUGGGGGUGGGGGUGGAGGAUUCAUUAAUUCAGCAAGUAUGUAUGCAGCGUGUACUGUGUACCAAGCCCUUUUUUAAAAGCAGAGGAUACUACAGUGAAGAAAGCAAAAGCCCUUGCUUUCAUCCUAAGGAUUGGGGAGGUUCGGGCAAAAAAUAAGAUAAAGAAGUAAAAAAUAGGCUGUGUUGCAUGAGUGUAGUGCCAAGGUAGUCAUGUAAAUAUAUGGAGGGAAGAGCAUUGCAGAUAGAGAUAACAGCAAGUGCAGAAGCCUUGAGGUGGAAAUAUCCUUAGUUUGUUUGAGGAACAGCAAGUACACCAGAGAGUGCAGAGGAAGAUAGAUGGGGGGAGAUAGAUCUUGAUGAGCCACAUAGGCCACUAAGGAAUUUCCCUUUUACUGUAAAUGAAAUGGUGAACUGCGGGGCUCUGAGUAGAAGAGUGACAUGAUUAUCAGACAUUUGGGAUGCUCCUAUUCUGUGAGACUCGGAGCUGACUACUGGAAUGUGCAGGUGAAUCCUUAAUCCUGUUUGGUCUAUAAAGGUUCAUAAUCUAGUGGGAAAACAUAGGCAGACCAGGCUAAAUCAGAUAAUUAGAGCCCCAUGAAGACAGAUGUAUGUCAUCUCCAAAUCUCCAGCAUGUACAGUUAUGGCAGGUGCUUAGUAAAUGUCUGUUGAAUGACGGGAUAAUUAGUUGAGUAGCCUCAAUGCCCAGCACAGGACCUGGAGGCUCAGAGAAAUUUUUUUUUUUUUUAAUGCCUUAAUUGAAAGUUUGCAGAUCAAGUCAGUCCCUCAUACAAAAACUUUAUACACACCUUGCUAUGUUCUCCUAGCUGCUCUCCCCCUAGUAAGACAGCACACUCCUCCUCUCCACCCUGUAUUCGCCGUGUCCAUUCAACCAGCUCCUGUCCCCUGCUGGCUUCUCAGAGAAGAUUUUUAAUGAAGGAAUAAAAGUGCUAAAUUUGGUCAUAGAUAUAUGCCACAUGGAUUAAGUAGAUCCGUGUUUUUUUUUUUUUUUUUUUUGAAUUGUGCUUUAAGUGAAAAUCUACAAAUCAAGUUGGUCUCUCAUACAAAAACUUAGAUCCGUGUUUCUGUGAUGCCCAAUUUCACCUUUGCUUUUUGAGAAUCCUUAGGUGGUAGCUUUCUAUUCAGUAUUGACUGAGCUUCCAUUCUGUGCCAGGUUUUGUGCUGGUCACUGAGGAUACAAAUAUAAAAAGAAAAGGUUAAAAUCAAUUAGCUUCUACCUUAAGAAGCUAGAAAAAGGACAUAUUGAACCCAAAGAAAGUAGAAAGAAGGAAAUAAGAGCUGAAAUCAGUUAAAUAGAAAAUAAACAACAGAGAAAAAUAAGUGAAAUCGAUAGUUGAUUCUUUGAAAAGAGUAACACAAUUAAUAAGCCUCAGCCUGGACAGAUCAAGGAAAAACAAAGAUAAACCAUAGAGGGAGAGACACACACAUAUACACAAAGUACAAAUAUCAGGAAUGAAAUAGGUGACAUCAUUAUAGAUCCUACAUGUUACCCGUUGCCACCGAGUUGAUUCCAACUCAUAGCAAACGUAUAGGAGAGAGUAGAACUGUUUCCUAAGGGUUUCUAAGGAGCGGCUGGUGGCUUUUGGUUAGCAACUGAGCUCUUAACCACUGUGCCAUCAGGGCUCCAUAGAUACUACAGACAUUUAAAAAGAUGAUAUUUGUGAAUAGCUUUAUGUCAAAUUUGACAACUUAGAUGAAAUAGACAAACAGUGAAAAAUAUAGGUGCCUAAGUAAUUCAGGUGGGAGAGGAAAAAAAUCAUGCUGAGCCUCCUCAUAUCCAUACGGGGGAAAAAAAUAGACCUUAACCCCUACUUCACACCAUACACAAAAAUAAAUUUGAGAUACAUUAUAGACCUAAACAUAAAAACUAAAACUAUAAAUCUUCCAGAAUAGAAUAGAGGAGAAUAUCUUUGUGACUUUGGGGUAGGCACAGAUUUCUUAGAGGACACAAAAAACAUGAACCAUAAAAGAAAAAAAGUUGUUAACUUAGACUUGAUCAAAAUUUAAAACUUCUAUCCAUCAAAAGACAAUGUUAAAGGAAUGAAUAGGCAAACCACAGACUGAGAGAAAAUACUCUAAAUUCAUAUAUCUGGAAAAGAACUUGUAUCCAGAAUAUAUGACAAACUUCUACAACUCAAUAAUAAAAAGAUAAUUCAAAAUGAGCAAAAGAUUUGAACAGAUACCUCACAAAGGAAGAUAAAUGAUGAAUGGCCAAUAAACUGCAUGGAAAAGUACAUGAUAUCAUUAAUAAUCAAAAAAAUGCAAAUUAAAACCACAAUGAGACUCCGCUAUACAAUGGCUAAGAUUAAAAACCCUGACAACAAAUGUUGGCGAUGAAUGUGGAGCAUCUGAAAUUCUCAAACAUUGCUGGCGGCAGUGUGAAAUGGUACAAUUACUUUGGAAAACUAAUGGCAGUUUCUUAUAAGUUAACCGUACCUAUCCUAUGACCCAGCAAUUCUACUCUAAGGCACUUAGCCAAUAAAAAAAAAGCCAAUAGAUGGUGAAAACAUAUGUCCACAAAAACACUUGUAUUGAGAAUGUUCAUAGCAGGUUUGUUCAUCAUAAUACCAAACUAGAAAAAAUCCAAAUGUUCAUCAACAGGAGAAUAAAUAAAUUGUGAGAUAUACACACACACACACACACACACAUAUAUAUACAUACACAUAUUUUUGUACUUUAGGUGAAAGUUUACAGCUCAAGUUAGUUUCUCACAGAAAAUUUUAUACAUGUAUUGUCAUGUGACACUAGUUGCAGUCCCUGCAAUGUGACAGCACACUCCCACUUUCCACCCCGAGUUUCCUGUGUCCAUCCAACCAGCUUCUGUCCUUUCCUGCCUUCUCAUCCUGUCUCCGGACAGGAGCCACCCAUUUGGUCACAUGUAUCUGCUUGAACUAAGAUGCACACUCUUCACGAGUGUUAUUUUAUAUUUUAUAGUCCAGUCUAAUCUUUGUCUGAAGAGUGGUCUUCGGGAAUGGUUUUAGUUCUGGGUUAACAUGGCGUCCGGGGGGCAUGGCUUUGGGGGUUCUUCCAGUCUCAGUCAGAUCAUUAAGUCUGGUCUUCUUUUGUGAUUAGACACUUUUUUCCUGCUUUAUCAGGGACUCUGUGUUGUGUUCCCCAUCAGGGCGGUCAUUGGUGGUAGGUGGGCACCAUCCAGUUCUUCUGGUCUCAGCCUGAUGGAGUCUCUGGUUUAACUGGCCCUUUUGUCUCUUCGGCUAAUAUUUUCCUUGUGUCUUUGGUAUUCUUCAUUCUCCUUUGCUACAAGUGGGUUGGGACCAAUUGAUGUAUCUUAGAUGGCUGCUUGCAAACUUUUAAGACCGCAGAUGCCACUCAUCAAAGUGGGAUGCAGAACAUUUUCUUAAUAAACUUUGUUAUGCCAACUGACCUAGAUAUCCCCCAGAACCAUGGUACCCAGACCCCAGCCCCAGCUACUCCGUCCCUCAAAGUGUUUGGGUGUGUUGAAGACACUCCUUAGCUUUUGGUUUAGUCUAGUUGUGCCGACUUCCUCUGUAUUGUGUGUUGUCUUUUCCUUCACCCAAAAUGAUUCUUGUCUGCCAUAUAGUUAGUGAAUUCCCUUUUCCUUCCCCUUCCACCCUCGUAACCAUAAAAGAAUGUUUUCUUCUGAGUUUCAACCUUUUCUUGAGUUCUUAUGAUAGUGAUCUCAUGCAGUAUUUGUCCUUUUGCGACUGACUAAUUUCACCCAGCAUAAUGCCCUCCAGAUUCAUAUACAUUGUGAGAUGUUUCGUGGAUUCUUCAUUGUUCUUUAUCGUUGCGUAGUAUUCCAUUGUGUGUACGUACCAUAAUUUGUUUAUCCAUUUGUUUGUUGAUGGGCACCCAAAUUGUUGCCAUCUUUUUGCUAUUGUGAACAGCACUGCAGUGAACAUGGGUAUACAUAUAUCUAUUCAUGCGACAGCUCUUAUUUCUCUAGGAUAUAUUCCAAGGAGUGGGAUUGCUGGAUCGUAUGGUACUUCUGUUUCUAGCUUUUUAAGGAAGUACCAAAUCAGUUUCUAAAGUGGUUGUACCAUUUUAUAUUCCUACCAGCAGUGCAUAAGUGUUCCAGUCUCUCCACAACCUCUCCAGCACUUUUUGCUUUGUGUUUUUUGGAUUAGUGCCAGCCUCGUUGGGGUGAGAUGGUAUAUCAUUGUAAUUUUGAUUUGCAUUUCUCUAACAGCUAAUAAUCGUGAGCAUUUCCUCAUGUAUCUGUUAGCCGCCCGAAUGUCCUCUUUGGUAAAGUGUCUGGUCAUAUCAUUUGCCCAUAUUUUUAAUUGGGUUAUUUGUCUUUUUGUUGUUGAGGUGUUUCAGUGUCUUGUAGAUUUUAGAGAUUAGACCCUUGUUGGAUAUGUCGUAGCCGAAAUUUUGUUCCCAGUCUGUUGGUUAUCUUUUUACUCUUUUGGUGAAGUCUUUUGAUGAGCAUAGGUGUUUGAUUUUUAGAAGCUCCCAGUUAUCUAGUUUCUCUUCUUGUGAUAUAUUCUUAAAAUGGGAUACUACUCAGCAAUAAAAAGGGAACGAAGUACAUCCAGCAACAUAUGUGAAUCUCAAAAACAUGUUGAAGGGGAAAAGCCAGAUUCAAAAGAGUACAUACUGUUUGAAUCCAUUUAUAUGAAGUUUUAUAACAAGCAAAACUAACCUAUGGUUAUAAAAUAAUGGUUGUCUUUAGUAGUCAGUGGGGAUAGGAUAGAAAUUGACCUGGAAAAAGUACAGAAGGAAGUGAACUUUCUGGGGUGAUGGAAAUGUUCUGUAUCUUGAUGGGAGUGUAGGUAACACAGGCUCUAUGCAUUUGUCAAAACUCAUUGAACUGUACUCUUAAAUUUUUUGCAUUUUACUGUGUAUAAAUUAUACCUAAAAAAUCUUAAAGAUAAUAGCAACUAAUUGAAAAAUAUAAUAGGAGUGUAAAAAUGGCAUGACGGGGGCGUCUGACCUCCUCUAACUUCAGGAGGGGGAAGGAGAAUCAAGAUCAACAGCCCAAGGCUGAGUCUUAGGAGGUGGAGGUUGGACAUGCCUCCACCCUUCAACCUUCUUACCGAUUCUGACACCAACUGUCCCUCCCAUGGUACUCUCUACUCUGCUGGGUUUGAUAAUUUGUUGUAGUGGCCACACAAAACUCAUAGGCAGUACUCAUGGUUAUGGGUUUUGUUAGGGAAGUAACAGGUUACAAUUCAGUUCGGGAACUCUCAGGAUACAGUUCUUCAAUCGGGGCAGCUUCUUCUUAGCAGUGCCUGCAGGCAAGUGUCACAAAGCUUUUAGCUCUGCUGAGGGCGUGGAGGCACCCCACUCCACCAGUAAGGUUCUGCCCAAAGGCUCUCAGCUCUUCUAUUCUGUGAGUUGGUAAGCCUAGCUCCUUUGCCAAGUGCCCGGAGGCACCCCACUCCUCCAGGAAGCCUCCUACCUGAAGGUGUUCAGCUGUCUCAUUUCAUGAGUCAGUGAGCCUAGCUCUGAUAAGUGCCUGGAGGCACUCCACUCUGGUAGCAAGCCUCCUGCCUGAAGGCUCUCAGCUUUCUCACGCUGUGGGCUGGCAGGCCACCGAGCUUUUCCUGUUAGUCUCUUGCCUGUCUCCUGUUUCUUCUGCCUCUGCUGCUGUCAUCUCUAUGCCUCUGCUUCCCACUGCCGCUGCUAUCUCUCUCCAUAUCCAGUGUUAUAGCUCUUUGUCUCUUGGACCUAGGACAUUCUCAGCACAGGGACCCUGUAUCCAAAGGACACAAUCCAUUCCUGGCUCUUCUUUCUUGGUGGCGGUGGUGCUGAGAUCUUCUCUUCCGACCUCUGGGAUGGCUCAUUUUAAGCCUAACAAGAUGGCAGAGCUGACCGAUCCCCUUGUCAGGGUUCCAUACACCUUAUUUGCAUGCUCCCACCCCCACAUGAGUGCUGUGUACCUAAUUUACAUUAUUAGCAAGCUGUCCAAUCCCCUUGGUGGGCUGUAAGCACCUCAUUUACAUAAUUCUACCCAGUCAUUUGGUGGGAAUUACAAAGACUAUGGCCAGAAGAGCCAUGUUUAAGUAAUUCACUGCACUACAAGGAAGGUAGUGUAAGUGAUUUGAAUUUUCAUGUUUUAUAGAGAGUCAGUGAAUUUCAAAGUUGGUAAGUGAAAAAGUGUAAGCAUAUGAUUUCAGGUUAGGUUGCCACUAGAGUUAGAAGGGUUAGAAGUGAGGAUCGUUACUUUUCAGUAUAAAUAGCUCUUUUUACCACCUGCAUAUAUCUUAAUUAUAUUGGUUUAUAUUUUUAAAGAUACACUUUUCCUAAAAUAAUGGUAGUGUGACUGAACUCAGAGGAGCAGGCAUGGGCAGUGGUCAUGCCACUCUUGGCGACACUUGAGCAUAGACUAGAGCAUUUCUGAUUUCCAUAUUAUUUCUUUCUCAGGAAUUUUGAAUACCACUUUGAGACUGUAAUGUCAUUUGUUAUAUGUAUUGUAACAUUGGUUCCCCAUGUGUUUUUUACCUCAGCACUUCUGAGGGAUGUUAAACAUUUCCACUGGUGACUGUGGCUUUUUGCUGGAGUGAUACUCAACUAAGUUGGAGGAGAGAAUACAUAAUUUUAAAAGCCAAUUCUGAUGCAUCACCAGCAACCUAGAAGAAUUCUCUUGUCGUAGUUUUUGGCCAGCUCUUCAUUCUCCCAGCAUGUUUCUAGUACAGGAACUUGCACAUAUCUGGGUGAUCAGGGCAGAGGAAGCACAUGGACUGGAAAUUGGAAGGGAGUGCUUGGAAAACAGAGUCACAUGUGCCGCUGGGCCAAGAAGGCCUCCUGGAGGACGCAGGUGAAGAUGGCGUUUCCGAAAGCUUCCAGCUUCUUCAGAUUGACGUGGAAUGUGAGAGCCGAGAGAGUGGGAGCCUGCCCACAGGCAGUGCAACCUGGUGCUCGAAAAAUGUGCAAAGGAAACAGAAACACUGGGAAAAGAUAGUUGCAGCAAAGAAGAGCAAAAGAAAGCAAGAAAAAGAAAGAAGAAAAGCCAACCGUGCUGAAAAUCCAGGCAUCUGCCCCCAGCACAGCAAACGUUUUCUGAAAGCCUUAACCAGAGAGAGACUUUUGGAAGCCAAACACACAGGACCAAGACUCUGUAUUGAUUUGAGUAUGACGGACCACAUGUCUAAGAAGGAGUUAAGUAGACUGGCAGGACAGAUCCGAAGGUUGUAUGGUUCAAAUAAAAAAGCUGACAAGCCAUUUUGGAUCUGCCUUGCUGGAUUCUCAAGAGACAGUCCCCUGUAUGAAGAGUGUUUGAGGAUGAACGAUGGCUUUUCUAGUUACGUGCUAGACAUAACGGAAGAAGACUGCUUUAGUUUAUUUCCUCUGAAAACCCUUGUGUACCUGACUCCUGACUCUGAACACGCUCUUGAAGAUGUUGAUGUAAACAAAAUUUACAUUCUUGGUGGACUUGUGGAUGAAAGCAUUCAGAAGAAGGUGACAUUUCAAAAGGCCCGAGAACACUCUGUCCAGACAGCCCGCUUGCCAAUCCAGGAAUAUAUGAUCAGGCGCCAGAACGGAAGAAACUAUCACUCAGAGAUACUGGCCCUCAAUCAAGUUUUUGAUAUCCUGUCCACUUACUUUGAGACUCGAAAUUGGCCUGAAGCACUGAAGAAAGGUGUUUCUUCUGGAAAAGGCUAUGUUCUUCAGAAUUCAGUGGACUGAUGGACAGCCUAAGACUGUAGUUGCAGGAAGCAAAGUACUGGAGGUGGAAGAAUAUAUUUUUGUGGUGAGGGGAAGCCCCUAGUGCCUAGAUGGUACCUCCUCCCUGCCGGGGGACCAACUAGCCAUACUGCCUCACUCUACUAAUACUUUUUUGGACCCUUGUAUUACGUAAGAAGUAGCAUGUUGUGACAUUUGCUUGGACUUGGAGCCAGAAAACGUGGGUCCAAAUCCCAGCUCCACCACUUUAGUAGCUUUGGGACACUGAGGCUCUAGCCUUAGUUUUUUUCCUCCAGCCUCAAUUUUCUUAAAUGAGAAGUGGGAAUAAUAUUACCUACCUUUCAGAGUUUUGAGACUUAGUGUGUGGUGUCCUCAGCAAGUGGUCACUGUUACAUAAUGUUCUAGCAUGGAAAAGGGUGGACAUUUGAUAUAUUAUACAUUAAUAUUGGAUUGAUUUUAUUUUCAAUUCUGACCUUUCCCAACCUAUCUAAUAAAUCCAUAGAAUAAAAUUAGGUCUGUGAUAGCAACUGCCUUUUGCAGUUUCUGCAUAAGCAAACCAGAGGCAGUAGGGUUUGGGGAAUUUUCAUUUCCCCAGUGAUUCCAUUUGUAAUAUUUGCUAACAUCUGUUGAACACGUACUAUGUUCCAGAGACUAUGCUAAGGAUUUUGUAUUAUUUUAUUAUCCCAACAACCCCAUGAGGAAGGUACUAUGUCAUUAUGUUUCCCGUUUUUUUACAGAUGAGAAAAUAAGGCUCACUAUUUAUUAUGCAUAUUGCAGUGAGAAUAUAUGCAUGUAUUAUUUUUAUAAAAAGAAAAAUAUUUAACUGUGGUUUACAGAAGAUGACAUUUCAAAAGGCCUGAAACUUGGUUAGGGUCCCUCACUAGCAAGUGGUGGAGACUGGAUUUUAAACUUACACAGUCUAAUUCCUUAGUCCCUAGGACAGAAGGGAAGCUGCUCAGCCAGGCCCCAGGGCUCAAGUAAAAUACCCAGGACAAGCUCAUCCACAAUAAGGGUGGUUCACAGACUAUAGUGGGAGGCUUGUUGAAAGUGAAAACUCCUACCUUUCCCUGCCUCCUUUCAGUGGGUCUGAAGUGGAGUCCAGAAAUUUGUUUGGUAUUUUCCCCAGUGAUUUUGAUACAGCUGGUCUGGGGACCAUAUUUUGAGAACCCCUAUUGUACACUGCAUUUGGGUACAUGCUGCUCCUACUUCAGCCUGCUCUUUCCUUCCCUCAUGUCUAUGGCUACAGUAAAAAUGAUUUCCCAUAUAGAUCAUCACUGGAGUCUUGAUCCAUCUAGCAGUUAAAAGGAGACUUGAAAAUAUGAAUGGCCCUCAUUAAGAGAUGCUAGAGAGGCCUUGAGAGAGCUUUCUGAGACUGGUUGGUCUGAGUUGGCCCCCUCAAGGGUAGGUUAGAGACAUACCCCAGUAUGGCCUUUGGAGAAACCAGGUUCUGUCACGGUAUUCACUUCUGGACAUGUAUCUUACAAGAAGCCAUUUUGUGUUCUGUAAUUCAAGUAGAGAGAAGUAGCCACAGCCAUGGCCCCUGUGUAAUAUCAAACUGCCUGUUAGUGAAGGUUACUCUAGAGCAGGGUGGUAAGUAGGUUUUGUUAGCCCUCCAUCUUCAACUGGUAACUGAGCAGUAAGCAGUUAUAAGGCCUCACAUCAAAUCCUAACACGAGUUCCCAGUCAUCCAUUCAUACGCCAUCAGUGUUAUAGAGACUUUCACCUUAUUACCACCUGAGAGCCCUUGCCUUAGUGGGGAGCAUGACUUAUUGUAAUGCAGAGAUAGUUUCUUCCUCUCCACUCCCACCCUGUCUCCAACUCUGUCAAAUCCCUCUGUGUAUCAAGUCCCAGCUCCUGGAUGGCCUGCCUCAGUUUAUUCUUCUUCUCACUACGCCUUGUUUCCACUCAUUACAACUGAGAUCAUCCAGAACUCCGUUUACCAGAAGACCAGAGGUUAGCUCUUCCCAACCUGCUUUUCUCCUGAGGCUUUGAGCCAGUCCAGCAUCUCACAUCACAGCUGGUUAGAGUGUUAUGUCCAGCCUUUUUUCUUCCUGAUACAGUUCCUAUUUUUCCUGGAACCCUGAUUUACUCAUAAUUCCAAAUCCACCUUUUUCUGCUUAAACAGAUAGUAAUUUUUGUCAGCACUCUAUGUACCGAAACAGUGCGUGUAUGUUUACACAUACACAUACCAAAGAGAAUAGAACAUCUGUUAAGUAUUUACAUGUUUUGUUUCAAGUGCCACCUUUGAUUUAUAAUGGCUGACCAAAGUAAAAUCUUUGGAAUCAGUGCCAGGGUUCAGUGGGAAAAGGUGCCAUGACCAAAGAGCAGGGGCAGAAGUGGCAGUGGCACAAAUACACCUUUAUUUGAAAUCUUAGAUCUUCGCUAGGAUUGUAAGCUACCACAGCCCUGAUGGAGUAGUGAUUAAGAGCUAAGGCUGCUAACUAAAAAGUCAGCAGUUUAAGUUCACCAGCCAUUACUUGGAAACCCUGUGGGGCAGUUCUGCUCUGUCCUCUAGAGUUGCUGUGAGUUGGAAUUGACUUGACAGCAGCGGGUUUGGUUUUGGUUUUAAUGUCACGGAUCACAUUUUAUGCCCUUUUGUAUCUCCCAUAGAGCCUAGCUCAUAGGAAGUGCCCAGAUGUAUUUUGAUUAGGUAAAUAAGUUUAUAUAACAGGGAAUUAGCCCUAAAACUGCAUGGCUUUAGAUGUGUUAUCUUUUAUACAUUUAUCCAUUUGCGAAAGACCAAGACUUUAGAGUUUAAAUAAUUGUACCAUCACGAGUUUAAUUUUCACUAAACCGACAUAAAGUUGUGUGACUUUUUCCUUCUCUGACCAUCAUGUUUUUUCCUCCAUUCACUAAAAUACUGUACAUGUGCUUUGCGGGGUCAGCCUGCCCUGAUCUGUCCCUACUUAGAGCUCCCACAACCCUCUGUUCCUUCCUGUGGCUCUUCGCCUGUUCUCCCUUGAGUAUGAGCCUAUGAAUGUCUUCCUGUCCUUCUGAGCCUUGUACAAACUAGAUUCUUCAUAUAUAUUUGUUGAGUGAUUAACAUAUCAAACUGAAAGCUAAAAACACAGUAUUGAUAAAAUCCUAACUUGAAAGUAACCAGAAAACACAUUGCAUUUUGGCACAUGAGCAUAUUAUGACACAAAUCUGAGAUUCCCUUUUUUGUAUCCUAUUUAUAGUUGCCUGUUACUCAUGCUAUUUUGUGUUAGUAAACUCUAUAAAUUAACGUGCUGGCCAACUGGGCUAAACCAAAAGCAAAGAAGUUUCCUGAAUAAACUGAACACUUCGAAGGCUAGCGUAGCAGGGGUGGGGGUUUGGGGACCAUGGUUUCAGGGGACAUCUAAGUCAAUUGGCAUAACAAAAUCUAUUAAGAAAACAUUCUGCAUCCCAGUUUGGAGAGUGGCAUUGGGAGUCUUAAACGCUAGUAAGUGGCCGUCUAAGAUGCAUCAAUUGUUCUCAACCCACCUGGAGCAAAGGAGGAUGAAGAACACCAAAGACACAAGGUAAUUAUGAGCCCAGGAGAUGGAAAGGGCCACAUAAACCAGAGACUACAUCAGCCUGAGACCAGAAGAACUAGAUGGUGCCUGGCUACAACCGAUGACUGCCCUGACAGGGAACACAAUAGAGAACCCCUGAGGGAACAGGAGAACAGUGGGAUGCAGACCCCAAAUUCUCGUAAAAAGACCAGACUUAAUGGUCUGACUGAGACUAGAAGGACUCCAGAGGUCAUGGUCCCCAGACCUUCUGUUAGCCCGACAGGAACCAUUCCCAAAGCCAACUCUUCGGACAGGGAUUGGACUGGACUAUGGGAUAGAAAAUGAUACUGGUGAGGAGUGAGCUCCUUGGAUCAAGUAGACACAUGAGACUAUGUGGGCAGCAAAAGAGAUAAGUCUGCAAAAGAGAUAAGAUGGCAGAGGGGGUCAGAAGCUGGCUGAAUGGACAUGAAAAUAGAGAGUGGAGGGAAGGAGUGUGCUGUCUUAUUAGAGGGAGAGCAACUAGGAGUAUAUACCCAAAAAGGAGUAUAUAGCAAGGUGUUUUUAAGUUUGUAUGAGAGACUGACUUGGUUUGUAAACUUUCACUUAAAGCACAAUAAAAUUUUUUUUUUUUAAUGUGCUGGCAAAUUAAAAAAUUUAUUCUAUACCACAAAAGAAUCAAGAUGUUAAUUCUCUGUUCCAUUCCCUCCCUUACACAAUUUAAUCCCUCAAGAGCUAUGAUAACUGGAUCAAUGCUAUCAGUGACUUUUUAUUCAUUUAAAAACAGAUCAGACUAGAUGGGAGACAAGAACUAUAUUAGGUGAAGGGAAAGACAACACACAAUACAGGAGAGGUCAGCACAACUGGACGAAACCAAAAGCAAAGACAUUUCCUCGAUAAAACUGAAUGCUUCAAAGGCCAGAGUAGCAGGGGCGGGGAUCUGGGGACCAUGGUUUCAGGGGACAUCUAGGUCAAUUGGCAUAAUAAAAUCUAUUAAGGAAAUAUUCCGCAUCCCACUUUGGAGAGUGGCGUCUGGGGUCUUAAACGCUAGCAAGUGGCCAUCUAAGAUGCAUCAAUUUGUCGCAACGCACCUGGAGCAAAGGCGAAUGAAAAACACCAGACAUGCAUGGUAAUAAUGAGCCCAGGAGUCAGAAAGAGCCACAUAAACCAGAAACUACAUCAGCCUGAGACCAGAACUAGAUGGUGCCUGGCUACAACCGAUGACUGCCCUGACAGGGAACACAACAGAGAAUCCCUGAGGAAGCAGGAGAGCAGUGGGAUGCAGACCUCAAAUUCUCGUAAAAGGACCAGACUUAAUGGUCUGACUGAGACUAGAAGGACUCUGGAGGUCAUGGUCCCCAGACCUUCUGUUAGCCCAAGACAGGAACCAUUCCCAAAGCCAACUCUUCAGACAGGGAUUGGACUGGACUACAAGAUAAAAAAUGAUACUGGUGAGGAGUGAGCUUGGCUCAAGUAGACACACGAGCCUAUGUGGGCAGCCCCUGUCUGGAGGGAAGAUGAGAAGGCAGAGGUGGGGAGAGAAGCUUCCUGAAUGGACACAGAGAAUACAGGUGGAGAGGAGUGUGCUGACUCAUUAGAGAGCAACUAGGAGUACAUAGCAAGGUGUAUAUAAAUUUUUGUGUGAGAGACUGACUUGAUAUAUAAACUUUCACUUAAAGCACAGUAAAAACAGAUCAGUUGGCGUAUGUAUACUCUGAUUUAUAUAGAACACAUCUUUAGGAACACAUAAAGCUUCUUGGUCUUUAUCAACAUAUUGAUUGAGUUCUAUAAUCUCUGUUCCAAAGGAACUUCUAGAUAAGCUUCAGGGUCCACAGCACUUCUCAUAUGUUCAGAGAAGCCUGUGACCCUUGAACCACUGACCUGGAUCAUUUGCCAAUUUUCACCUUCACUCAUAAAGUCUGCAUAAAAUAUCAAAUAGCAUGAAAGAAUUUCCUCUCCAACUCAAUCACUAGCCUUUCCUUUUUUUUUCCCAAAAUCUAGGCAGGUAGGUUUUUGUCUGGCUUCUAGAUAAUGAUUUUAGCAAAAUAAGAUUUGGCCAGACUUGGAUUCAGAGAUCCUCAUGAUUGCGGAUCAUAUAACAACAGAAAAGUGGUUAUGCCCAAAAUAUCCUCUAACAUCAGAAUAAAAUAUUAUGUAACUAUUGAAUCUUUAUAGGAAGCAUUAAGAGUGUAUUAAACAUUGUAUGAAGUGGACAAAAUAUAUUACAAAGUAGUAUAUAAACAUAAAUCAUUUAAUUUGGAAAGAAACAUAUAUACCCAUAUGGUAGGUAAGAAAGUAGACAAACUGUGCCUCAGUUUCUUCAGUUAGGAGGAUGUCUUCUGCAGAGCUAAUAGGCAAAUGAGUAAAUCCAAACAAAGCACUUGGAACAAUACUUGGCACAUAGUAAACACAUGGUGAUUGUUAGCUAUUAAAUACUCACUGAAUAAUGAGAUUACGGGGGGGUCUUGUUUGCUUUUUCAUACUUGUCGACAUAGCCUGAAUUUUCUUUGGUGGCCAUGUUUACUGUUAUUAUCAGAAAAGUUACUUUAAUGCUGACUUCCAGUUUAUGAUCAAAGCUGAAC